GGUCCAGGGACGUGUGUGCGUCUCUCUACAACACAAUAACACGUGUGUAUGUGUCUGUGUGUGGGUGAUACUGAUAGUGCUGAGGUGCUGGUGCUGAACUGUACUGUGGUGCUAAGUGAUUAUACUGUUCCUAAUACUUUAAGUUGGCAUCACUUUUGUGGUUAUUUUUGGAAAUAUAUAUCGUCCUUUUUCAUCUUGUUGUCAUUGGAUGGCUUUGAAAUAAUCGUAGCAGAUAUUCAAUAAUUUGGUUGAAAACAGCUGUGUUCUACUUCCGUGUCGUAGACCGUUCCAUGUAGACGUUACAGUAUAUACAUAUCGACUCGAUGAUAAGACUUUUCUUUCAGUCCGUUCUGUGCCCGCUGUGAUGGCGGUGUAAGGGUAGACACCAACUAUGGGGGGUCCGCGAGGGGGGAGUGGCAACUCACCACUUCACCUCGACCUACCGAAGCGGCACCUAUCCCACAUUCAGCACCUAUUUUAUCAAAUAUUUCGAUACCUCGUAAAACAAAAGCGACCGAUGGGAACUCUAGUAGGUUUAGUUGUACAAAGUAUGAUUCGCUUGUUACUCGUCGUAUUUUUUAUUCGGUUCGGCAAGGGUGCGAGUACCCGACCCCGCGAAGUCGCGUUAGGUGUAUUCGUGUUAUUAUUGGUCGGGACGGGCGUUGACGCGGGGGCGGGGACGGCUCCUCGGGCACUGAUGACAGCCAUCGCCCCCAACGACACGGCCGCCAACGAGCAGACCCUGCAGCAGAUCCUGCCGCCGGUCAUGCUGGCUGUCAAGGCCGUCACAGACCCCGUCACUGGCAUGCUGCCUGGCUGGAACAUCACGCUGAUACAUCGCAACUCCGAGUGUUCCUCCACCACCGGACCUCUGGCCGCCUUCGAGCUGCACAAGGACGCAGAUGCGUUCCUGGGCCCGGUGUGUGACUACGUGAUCGCACCAGUCGCCAGGUACGCGGGUCGAUGGAAGUUACCAGUGUUGACUGCCGGGGCGCAAGUUGACCACUUCAUGUACAAGACGGAGUUCCCCACUCUGACCCGUAUGAUGGGCAGCUACGUCCACGUGGGCAAGGCGCUGCUUCACAUCCUCCAGAAGUUCAACUGGUCCGUGGCCGGCCUCCUCUACUACAACUACCCCAUCGGCUCCAACAAAGGCAACUCCAAGUGCCACUUCACCCUGCAAGGGGUGUUCAUGGCUUUGGGAGCUCGCUCCGCUCAUCUCAGCUUCAAUGAAACCAUGAACUACCUUUACUACAAGGAAUUACUCAGGGAGCUCUCGAAAAGAGCGAGGAUAAUGGUGGUAUGUGCUGACCCUCGGACUGUCCGUGAGAUCAUGUUGGCAGCGGAGGAACUCAACAUGAUUGACAGUGGCGAGUACGUCUUUUUCAACAUUGAACUCUUUAACAGUAUGAACCGACACAACCCAUGGUUCGUCAGGGAGGACUCCGCUGAGAGGAACGCUAGGGCCAGGAAGGCGUACUCGGCCCUUCUCACGGUAACUGCCAGGACACCAAACAACGAGGCCUACAGAAACUUCAGCUUUGAGGUGAAGAGGUUGGCCAAGGAGGAGUUCAACUUCACGUUUGGUAACGAGUCUGUGUCGACGUUCGUAACAGCGUUCUACGACGCCGUGGUGUUGUACGCCCUCGCCCUCAACGAGACUCUAGAGGAGGGUGGCUCACAGAGGGAUGGCAUCGCCAUCACGCGGCGCAUGUGGAACCGGACCUUCGAGGGUAUAACGGGAGAUGUCAACAUAGAUGCCAAUGGAGACCGCAUAGCAGACUACUCACUGCUAGAUAUGGACCCAGAUAACGGAGAGUUUAAGAUUGUCGCCAACUACAUUGGGGUGACCCACUCCCUGGAGUAUGUUCCUGGAGCCAAGAUACACUGGGCCGGAGGUCGCUCCCAGCCUCCCCCCGACACUCCUAUAUGUGGCUUCGACGGUGCUCUGUGCAAAACGAUGCCAGGAUACGCCAUCCUCAGUAUAGUGCUCAGCUCCGUUGUCGUGGUGCUGGCUAUAGCGUCUGUCUUCAUAUACAGACACUACAAGCUGGAGGCUGAGAUAGCCUCUAUGACGUGGCGUGUCAACUACCAAGACAUAGUGAGGGUCCCCCCAGGCAAACUACGUGGUAGUGUGUACAGCCUUGUGUGACGUAGC